AUGGGUUAAGGUUUUGAAAUAUAAAUAACGAUAAAGUCGGGUUAUAUAGAUUAUCAGUUUGAAUAGGAUGGUGACUAUAGAAAAUAUAUCGUAUUAAUUUCAAAUAUAAUUUAUCAAUAUACUGCAGUGUAAAUAUGAAUUAAUAAUAUUUUGGCUUGAAGGUAAUUAUUGCAUUUUUUCACUCUGUUUCAUGUCGACAAUGAACGCUUGCGCCAAGUAGUUACACCGGAAGAGUACAUGCGCCAAUCUUACAGUCGUAUUUGUGGCCUCGAACACAUCACACCAUGUGGUAGUUUUCAACGUCAAAUCUCCGAUACCGUUGCGGACAUAUCCAACAGCAUGUUAGGACCGCUAGACAUCAAGUGUAUCUGCGUAGCGUUGAGCAAUAACGUUUGCAUUAAGGAGUUAGAUCUAUCCGGCAACGACCUGAGCGAUAAAGGCGCCGUGUACCUGGCAGAGGCCCUCCAUGAAAACUACACUAUUGACGACCUGAGUGUUUCCGAGUGCAGUAUAAGUCUGGACGGAUUAAGAGACCUUUGCAGUAUUCUCCUCGAAAUGAAGCCAAUGAAACGAAUCGACAUGUCGAAAAACAAUUUUGGGACGCAGCAUGUUUUGCUUCUUGCAGAAGUCAUAAAGAAAAACGACUAUAUCGAAGAAUUAGUUCUUUCCGGCAAUGCUAUCGACAACAUAGGAGGAACACACAUUGGAAAGGCAUUAAUGAGUAAUGUUGGAAUCAAGACUUUGGAUCUCAGUUGGAACCACAUCCGCUUACAGGGUGCCGUCAGCGUGUGCUCUGCACUACGGUUUAACCAGACCCUCGAAGACCUCGACCUUUCCUGGAACGGUCUCGGCGAGGAAGGAUGCAAGGCACUGGGCGCGGCGCUUCCGUUAAACCACACCCUGAGGCAGCUUGACAUCUCCAGUAACCGCGUCAGUUUCCAGGCUCUUAUGGGCCUUUUACCUGGUUUACUCAGGAACGACUCACUGAAAUUAAUUCGAAUAAAUUCCAACCCGAUGACGACAGAUGGAGCUAUUGCUAUAUUGAAGUAUCUAAUUAAAUCCGACACAUCACAACUCAAAGACAUUCACAUGAGUGAUAUCCCAAUAAACUCCGAGUUUCUAGACGCCCUAAAUGAGCUACAGAAGAUCAGAGAUAUCAAGGUGUAUCACCGCUACCUUAACAAUAAGAAAAUCACACCGAUUAUACGGGAGAGGACGCUACACGACCACGACCCAGCGAUGGUGUUGUUUGAGUACAUGAAACAGGAGAAUAUAAGGCUGAUAGAUCUCUUUAGGACGUUUGACACUGACUUCAGUCAAGCUUUGACCAAGGAUGAGCUCAGGGACGGCUUCAUUAAAAUCAAUAUGCCUCUGAGCGAUGAAGCGCUGGACACGUUGUUUGACAGAUUCGAUAUUGACCAAAACUCACAAAUAGAAUACAGCGAGGUGAGGUCAAACUAUCGCAAAACGAUCUCCAAGAUGAAAUACAUGACAUCGGUGAGGCACUCUGACAGCGAGAACUGCUUCCAGAAACAGCUUCAGAAUCUUGUAAAGAAAGCUCUUGCAGAAAAACGGACCACCUAUGUGUUGAAUGCCAAGAAGAAACUCCAGAGACGAAUAUCUUUGACGGCGAUAUUUAAGAGCGCAAAUCCGAACAUUUCUUUCAGUUAAAUGGUUGCGCUAUUUGAUAUAAAUGUAAUUUUUUAAGGUUCAAUAUGAUUAACAUUUGGUAGCCGUUGUUAACGUCAAAAUAAUCAAAACUAAAGAACCUCUAAACGUAUGAACUACUAUCAUUUUAUUGCUUACAAUAUCUAAAGAAUUAUUAUAAAGUUGAAAAGACAUACACAACUGUUUACAUGAACAUGUUAAUCGACAUGUUUAAUCACAAAUAC